UCAAUUAUCCCCGCUCCAGAUCCUCCGUGUGGCCAUGAAAAUUUGUCCAAGACUGACGGUCUUCAACGAUACCUUGUUCGUGGUUUCGUUAUCAUAACUGUCUCUAGAAUCCACAUAUGAGACCGUCCGACUUUGUUAAACAGCUACAGCAAAUUCCAACAGUAUGGCAGCCGGAACACUGUUACACCUAAGUUGUACAGGGAACAAAUGCCUGUUUGCAACUGCACGAUACUGCAAGCCUCAAUUACAAGUAUCGCAAUAUAGGCAGAUAAGGAACUUGAGGAGACUCAAGCUUCCUUUCCUGAAAUCUGAAAUUCCUGUUUCAAAUGUCAAGAUUGGCAUAGGCCCUUCAAAGCUGUGGAUGCACUUAGGUUUUGCUACUGCAUUUAGCGGAGCUUCCAUUGUGGGUGCUGCAAUUUGGGAGUAUGAACACAUCAGACAAGGAACUUAUAAAAUACUUAAUCAUUAUAACAACCAGUUUCGAAUUAACCGAACAGGAUGGAGAGGCAAGGUGGAGAAAUGGUGGAAAACAUUGUCAGACGGAGAGAAAGUGUUCGUGCCUAUACUUUUUCUAAACACAGUUGUAUUCUUGGCUUGGCGGGUACCAGCAUUGCAGAAGACUAUGGUGCGCUACUUCAGCGCUAAUCCUGGCUCUAGUGUGUCAUGUUGGCCUAUGAUAUUCAGCGCAUUUUCCCAUCACAAUAUAUUUCAUCUGGCUGUAAAUAUGUACGUAUUACACAACUUCAGCACUUUAGCCGGACAAUUUUUGGGGAAGGAGCAAUUUGUGGCUCUUUAUCUAUCGAGCGGAGUGAUAUCAAGCUUCGCUGCUUACCUGUAUAAAACCAUUUACAAAAUACCAUUCAUGUCUUUGGGAGCGUCAGGGGCUAUCAUGGGUAUUCUCGGAUGCCUCCUCUCGGAAUAUCCUGAUGUAAAACUACGCAUAGUUUUUCUUCCUAUGUUCGAAUUUACAGCCGGUGCAGGGCUCACGGCAUUAAUGCUCAUUGACUUAACUGGUUGUCUCUUACGGUGGAAAUACUUCGAUCACGCGGCACAUUUAGGCGGUGCAUUAUUUGGAAUAUUCUGGCAGGUUUGGGGAAUCAAAAAUAUUUGGCAGAAGCGGGACAGCAUUUUGGCUUGGUGGCGUGAAUUUCGAGAACCUCCAGGAUCAGAAUGAUGUUUUUCUAUUAAAUCUAUUUAAAUCUAAACUCUUAUUUAUUGUAUCAUCCAAUAACGUGUUCUCUACGUAUCAAUUGUAAACUUCCUGCUAUGAACGUAAGAACAGAUCUAUCGCAAGCAGCAUAAAAAUUCCGAAAUAUAUUAUACAUUUCUAUUGUUUA